GUACAUCUUUCUCUCUCUAAAAAAUCUCCUCUCUCUAAAAAAAACACAAUUCAAUUUCUCAUAAUUUAUGAGGCUUUAGGCGACUGGAGCAACCUUUCGAUUAGCUUAUUCACUCUUUUAGUUAAGUAUUUCGCUUUUUUAUUAUCGAUGGAUCAUUUUGGUUUGAGAAGAGAAGCUAGUAUUGAUAGUAACGAUACAAAAGGCGAUGAAAACAAUAGUAAUUUGGACCUAAAAAGAGGUUCAUGGACUGUUGAAGAAGAUUUCACUCUUAUGAAUCAUGUUGCUGUUCAUGGUGAAGGCCGUUGGAAUUCCCUCGCUCGUUCAGCAGGUUUAAAGAGAACAGGGAAAAGCUGCAGAUUAAGAUGGCUUAAUUAUCUUAGACCAGAUGUUCGACGUGGAAAUAUUACACUUGAAGAACAAUUGUUGAUUCUUCAACUUCAUUCUCGUUGGGGCAAUAGGUGGUCGAAAAUUGCACAACAUUUGCCAGGAAGAACAGAUAACGAGAUAAAAAAUUACUGGAGAACCCGAGUGCAAAAACAAGCCAAACAACUAAAAUGUGAUGUGAAUAGCAAAGAAUUCAAAGAUACGUUGAAUUAUCUUUGGAUUCCAAGGCUUGUUGAGAGAAUUCAAGCUUCUUACAAUUCAAAUAAUCAAGUGAAUAUUCAACAAACAAAUGAUAAUAUUAUUAGUAAUAAUAAUAUUCUUCCAAAUUAUUCUAGUACAACAACAACAACUUCAUCAGAAAACUCAAUUGUGACACAAAUUUCAGACAUGUCUGAUAAUUGCUACACUAAUUACCCUCUUAAUCAAGGUGAUUAUGGGGAAAUCUUGAUUAGUCCCACAGGUGAUUAUUUUCAACAAGGUGCACUAGACUUCAGAACAGUGGAUAUUAUUAAUGAUAAUAAUAAUGAUCAACAAAAUAUGAGCCAAUUAUUUUUGGAUGAUCAUGUUUCAGACAAUUUGUGGAACAUUGAUGAUUUGUUGUUUUUACAACAACAACUCAAUUAACAAUGAUGACUGAGGUCUCGAGUUCGAGCUUUGCAUUUGGAAAAAAUUAUGCAUUGUCGAAUUCAAAUUAGCCAGAUUCUAGAAUAAACAGAAUCAAGUGUAGAAAUCACAAUUAGGGUCAUUAUUACUCAUUACAAUUCACAAAAGAAUAGUUUUUUUUUAAUCUUUAUUUAUGUUGUGAGCUACAUACAUUAUAACCUUUCUGAAGGAUUUGUAACAUUUAUCUCUUUUAAUUAAUUAAGGAUUUAAAAGGAUUUA